UGGCAACAGAAACUCCGGCCGGGUUGGAGAAGCUGGCGGUAAAACUACUCGAGUGAGCCCCUGCGGAGCGUUGCGGGAGAGGGCUGCGAACCCGAACCGGAGGAGGAGUAGACUAGGAUCCAGGGAAGCGACGUAGAUAUGUGUGAGGGUCCGUCCCGCAUCUCGGGGCCCAUCCCUCCAGAUCCCACGCUGUGCCCUGACUGCUACCGGCGGCCCGCCUCAGCCCAAGGGCGCCUUGAGGGAAAUGCGCUGAAGCUGGACCUGCUGACAUGGGGCCGAAGUCUAGAUGCCACACCUCCGCGUGCUCCACGCAUCAGGCCUGGAGCCCGAGAGAUCCUGGAGCGUGGGCAGCGCGGCGCGGGGGACGUGCUACUGCAACUAGAGGGCAUCUCCCUUGGUCCAGGGGCCUCUCCCAAGAGGAAAGACCCUAAAGACCAUGAAAAAGAAAACCUGAGGCGGAUCAGGGAGAUCCAGAGGCGCUUCAGAGAGCAGCACAGCCAGGAGCGGGGCCAACCCAAGCCACUGAAGGCACUGUGGCGCUCGCCCAAGUAUGACAAGAUGGAGUCCCGAGUCAAGGCCCAGCUGCAGGAGCCUGGCCCUGCCUCUGCGACAGAGCCUGCCCAGUUCCUGCGGGCACACUCCCGCUGUGGCCCUGGGUUCCCACCACCCCGUGUCCCCAGUCCCCAGCUUACCCCAUCAAGUCCUAAAGCCAAGGGGCUACGCCUGGGUGUAGACUUCAUUAGUCACAACGCCCAAGCUGCCAAGAGGGCCCCCCGGCGCCAUUCCCGCUCACUGCAGAUCCUGGCCCAGGUACUGGAGCGGCAGCGGGAAGCCCAGGAGCACUACAACACCACACAGAAGGGCCACGUUCCCCAUUAUUUGCUGGAGCGCAAAGAUCUGUGGCGGCGGGAGGCUGAGGCCCGGCAGCACAGCCAGCCAGACCCCACCAUGCCCCCAGGCCACACUCGAAUGCCCGAGAACCAGCGGCUGGAGACACUGAACAAUCUGCUGCAGACCCAGACCCAGCUGCUGCGUGAGCUGGUACUGCUGCCUGCUGGAGCAGACUCACUGAGAGCCCAGGGUCACCGUGCUGAGCUGGACCGGAAGCUGGUGCAGGUGGAAGAAGCCAUCAAGAUCUUUUCCCGACCCAAGGUGUUUGUGAAGAUGGACGCCUGAGCCCCUUUGUAGGGACAGGGACAGGGAGUUCCAGGAUUGGCACACAGCUAUAAAGGGCAGGAUCAGACCCCAUCACAGAGCACAGGUCUGAAGACAGCAGCAGUGGGGUGCACAGUAUCCCCAGAGCACCCUUCCCAGUCACCAGUAUCUACAGAAGAACCCUCCCAACCUUUUAACCCUUUGUCAAAAUUAAACCUUUUGUACAGAGUAGAA